AUGUCGUUAAACGAUGAAGCCUUCGACGAUUCAGGGUCCAUCCGGGCUGAAAUUGACCCUCAGAGGGGCGAAGAGGUUGUCCGUUCUCUAGGUCGCGCAGAGGAACUUGACCUGGCAUCACCCAAGGAAUGGAGCCCGCCGCCGUGUUGGCCCGUUCGUGCAAGCAUUCGACCUGAAGAGCCGUUGCAUGCGCUCGUCGUCUAUCAUACCAUAACCUCAAUGUGCAAGGGCGAUGUGCCCUGUUGGACGUAUAUAUCACAGGGAAUGGAACGAAUUGGCCAGAAAGAACUAGUGUUUACGAUCUCGCGGAAUAUUGAAAGCGAAAAGGAGCAAGACUUCCCUAACGAUCCGCUACGCUGGAUGGAGAUCGUCUAUUCCAUGGCAAAAGGUGGCUGCCCUGUGGAUGAAUUUGAACGAACAGAAUUCCAAGUGGCAGACUUCCUUGGUCGAUCCGAUGUAAGUUGGAUUGUAUACUGCCCUGCUUGCCCUAUUCCGAACAUUGAAGACUCGUUGCUUCCAGGAGAUUAUUUGCAAGCCAUCCCUCUCCUCGUUGCAGAGGCUGAAGUGGCGGAUAAAUAUGGCCUAAUGAGAGUACUUGGGCAUCUGGGUGCUUUGGAGAGAUGGUUCCCCUGGCCGCCUUGGUUUGAUCGGUACCGCAAUCCUUGUAUUACCGCCUCCCAGAUGCAAGGCUCGAUCAGGGACCAGAUGCCUUUCCAGUACAUCAAAGGGCUCAGCGCUGUGAAGAAAGGGUCCAAAAUCAUCCUCCGAGUUACCAAGCAGGCCGAGGCUCCCCUGGUGGAAGCAUUGCUCAGGCACAGCCCUGACCGGGCUUUCCCGUUGGAUUCUCUUCAUCACAUCAACUCGGAUUCUGGCCUGCUGUGGGAUAACCGAGAUCCGCAACCAAGAGGGUAUGCCGCAGGAAGCUCGAACGAAUGCAUGAACUUGAAUUAUUUCGCCUUCUGCCCCGGCCAGGACGAGGACGAGCUACUUUUAGUUGAGGAUGGAUAUAUGUCCGGGGACUAA